AUGUCUUUGCUAUCUUGGAAUUGUAGGGGUGCAGCCAAGUCUAAUUUGGGUCGUACUCUUAAAAUGAUAGUGGAUAAACAUGUUUUUUGCAUGGUGGUGCUAAUGGAGACUCGAACCAGUAACGUUAAGAGUAAAAGUUUGAUGAAGAAACUUAGAUUUGAUCAGAUCUUUGUUGAGGAAGCGGUGGGUUUUUCUGGUGGGAUUUGGGCUAUAUGGGGCUCCAACUGUGUUACGGUGCAAAGAAUUUCCCAAUCAUCCCAGUUUUUGCAUAUGAAGGUUCUGAUGAAUAAUUCUAGAGAAUUUUUAUGCACUGCUGUUUAUGCAAGUCCCCGUGACGUUGAAAGACAUGUGAUGUGGGAUGAUAUUUCUCAUAUUAGCAACUCCAUUAAUGUUCCUUGGAUUAUGUUAGGUGAUUUUAAUGAUAUCAGAAGUAGUAAUGAAAAGAAAGGAGGAUCUUUUCCAGAUAGUGCAAGAUGCAGUCGGUUUUCUGAUUUUCUCAAUAGUUUUCAUGUGGAAGACUUAAACACUUUUGGUCCUUAUUUCACUUGGAAGGUGUAA